AUGGCGGAUGAAGCUACCCAUACCGUGAUGGGCAACCUUGCUAAUCAUGAGAUGGACAAGGCGAACGACACGACCCUGAGUGCACACUAUGCAAGCCCUGACGAGAGUCACAGUGAGAACUGCAACGCUACCAUUGUGACUGAUGUCACGAUCUACCACUGCCAUAAAGAGGACCUGCGCCGAGCUUCGCUCUAUUUUCGAGGCGACUUUCGUGGUGGCUUCGUGGAAUCACGAAGUGGUGUUGUGUACCUCGAGGACUUCGAUGACUCAGCUGUGCGCUAUUGUAUCGCCUACGCACAUGGUGGCUGGGCCGGGGCCGUCAGCGCAAGCCGGGGCUUCCAAAAGCCCUUGAAUCUGGUGUUGAUGGAGGACCUUACCAAGGCCUACCAGGUUGCUGAUUAUCUGUUGAUGCACGAUCUCGUCGACGACAUUCUCCGAUUCCUCGAGAACUACUUCAAGCCCCUAGGAGGACUACUCAAGAAACGAAAAGGCCAGGCAUCCAACAUCAAGCUGUUCCAACGUCAAGCGGCAGUGGUUUCGGACGUAGCAUUGGCUUUACUUGCCGUGAACGCCACGGUCCGCGAGCCAGUUCUCUGGAAGAUAGUGCUAUUCUUCCAGCGAAACCAGACCUAUACCGCAGGUCUGGAGGGGUUCAGGGCCAUCUUGGAGGAAUGGCCUGAUAUGGCGGACAAUUUAUGGGACUGGAACCUCGUUCCAUCCCAGCUGGACCGCAGAGUGAGACGUUAA